CUUUCUUCUCCUUGUUAACCCUCAUUAAAAGACAUCCCUGCCGCCCGUUAUGUUGUUGUAUAUCGAUGUCAUCUCCGGUGAUGAAAUGCUUUCCGAUGCUUAUGAUCUGAAAGAGGUCGAUGGUAUAGUAUACGAAGUCGAUACGGCUUUGAUCAUUGUCAAAGAGGGUGAUGUUGAUAUUGGAGCUAAUCCUUCUGCCGAGGAAGCCGAGGAGGCCUUGGAACAAGGUGCAGAGCAAAAGAACAAUCUUGUUCAUUCCAUGCGUCUUCAAGCUACUACUUUCGACAAGAAAUCUUACCUCGCCUACCUUAAAGGUUACAUGAAAGCCAUCAAGAGUCAUCUUCAAAAGACCAACCCUGAGCGUGUUGAAGGUUUCGAAAAGGGUGCGCAGGAGUUUGCCAAGAAGAUCGUGGCGAAUUUCAAAGAUUUCGAAUUUUACGUUGGAGAAGGUAUGAACCCAGAGGGUAUGGUGGCACUUUUGAAUUAUCGUGAGGAUGGUGUUACACCUUAUUUCAUUUUCUGGAAAGACGGUUUGAAGGAAACUAAGAUUUGAUCUCAUCAUCCUUUGGUAGUCAGUCAUUCGACAUCUUCCUUUUACUACUAAGUCACUGUAUCGUAGAGGUGCAGAGGAGUUUCCCAUUUUUCGUACUUGAAUGGGCCCAUGUGGUUUCAUACAGCUUAUGUGACGAAUUGCAUGC